AUGGUCGAGCUGAUCUCUCCUCCCGACCCUCACUCAUUGAUUCCUCCUCUCCUCGCCUGCUUGCCCACUUCAUUUGCCUCUCCCAGGCCACCGCCAGCACUGCUUCCUCUGUUGUCGCCUAUUCUUCGCCAGAGACUACACAUCCACACCUCGGGCGCCUCAACAAACAAUUGGUCACCUUUGCUGACUUGGGACGCCGCCAAAGGAGAAUCGUUGAAGGACACCAUCGAGAAUGCCACCUUCGAGCCUCACCCCGCAUCAGGGGAGAUCGAGGUUGGAGACACAGAGCCUAUAACAUACAAGCGAUUCGAUCACGAAACAUUGAAGGCCCAGAUAUCACUACAAGAAUGGCCAUUUACCAUCAUAUACCUUUGGUGCACAGGUAGUGAUGAGGGAAAUGCUUGGAAGGUGGCCGAGGUGUUACCGCUGGAUCCAGAUCUCCGACAAGACAGUACCUGGUCCUCAUCCAUUAGUCAUGCCAAUGAAAGCGCAAACGAGAGGCUGGUGACGGAAGCCUUGCAGGACGCAGACAGAGCAGCCCUACCUCCCCAAAGAAAUCUCUCCGUACCGCCUGCGGAUGAGGAUGAUUACUGGGCCAUGUACGAUAAGACACCAGGCAGAACACCGGCACGAAUAGCGUCUGUGGAGCCAAAGCUGGCUGGCACGUCCGAGGAUGAUUACUAUGCACGUUAUGGCAGUGUACAGCCUGCAAUGGACAGCCACGACCCAGACGAGAUGAUAGAGGAUGCAGGACAGUCGACGUUGCAGGGGCAUGUGUUGGAGAACUAUCUGUCACGAGACUCUGAAGUACAGAGAGAGCGAAGCCCCCCGCCAUACCACGGUAUCCUGGGCCUCGGCCUCAAUGCCGGUGGUGGUGAUGGCGAUGAGAAAGGACUGGAAGUGACGCAACCAGUUCCCUCGUCGCCGUCAACAAAGUCCUCAGAGGCGGUGGCAAGGCUGGAAGAACAUGCUGAACGGUACGGGCUGUCAGACAUUGGCAUCAGACAACAUAUAGGAAGUAGUUUGAAGAGCAUGUAUCGGUUGGCCAAAAGUGCGGGAAUGGAUCGCGAAGAGUUUGAAAGCAUUGUGCAGAGAGAACUGGAGACAUUGAGCAUAUAUGACCAUGCAUGA